GUUUUUUGAUGAAAAUGGAGACCCAGCCGCAGUUUAUGACCUUGUAAACUGGCAGAGAAAUGCUGCAAAAGACAUUGUUUUCACAACAGUUGGGAUUUAUGAUGCUUCGCAGCCAAACGGAAAGCAGUUAAGCAUGAAUGGAAAAAACAUCACAUGGGCAGCAGAAUCCAUGGAGAGGCCACUGUCUGUCUGCAGUCAGAAUUGUCCAGCGGGUUUCCGAAAAGCAACCAUUAAGGGGAAACCCAUAUGCUGCUUCUCCUGUCUCCCAUGUGCCGCUGGAGAGAUCAGCAACACUAGCAACUGAGGAGCCAUUCUGCAGGCAGCAAGGAGAUCAGGAGACCCCUCAACUAUACAAAGAUGGUGACAUAAACCUGGGAGGAAUCUUCUAUUUUCAUAGUAGCUGGAAGAAUGAGCAAUACUCUUAUAAACAAAAACCCUUGGCACUGCAAUGCAUAAGUUUGAAUUUCAGAGAAAUCCAAUUUGCUCAGACCAUGCUUUUUGCAAUUGAGGAGAUAAAUAACAAAACAGACUUACUGCCAGGUAUUUCUCUUGGAUACAGCAUAUAUGAUACUUGUGGUUCCAUUCCCAGAAGCAUAAAAGUUGCACUUGCCUUGAACAAUGGUAAUGAAAGUCUAUCUUCAAAUUCUGACAAACCAUGUACGAAACCUGUACAAGUGCAAGCCAUAGUGGGAGAAACUUCUUCCUCUCCUAGCACUGCCAUAGCUACUGUCAUUGGACCAUUUCAUAUACCACUGAUCAGCCACUUUGCCACAUGUGCUUGCCUCAGUGAUAAAACCAAGUAUCCAUCAUUUCUUAGAACGGUACCCAGUGACUAUUAUCAGAGUAGAGCUCUGGCUCACUUAGUCAAACAUUUCGGUUGGACUUGGGUUGGAGCUGUUAGAACCAAUGAUGAUUACGGCAACAAUGGCAUGGCUAUAUUCAAGGAAACUGCAGAACAGCUGGGCAUUUGUCUGGAAUAUUCUGUUUCUUUCUUUAGAACAGAUUCAACAGAAAAAAUGCAAAAAGUAAUCAAUACCAUAAAGGCUUCAACUUCAAAAGUGAUAAUUGCCUUUGUUGCUCAUUUGGAUAUGGAAGUACUUAUACAUGAGUUGUCUAACCACAAUUUGACUGGGUACCAGUGGGUGGGAAGUGAAGGUUGGAUCUCUGAUUCUCAGUUUGCAACAGUGGAUAAGAAUCACAUCCUGGAUGGAGCGAUUGGCGUUUCUAUCCCUAAAGCACAUGUGAGUGGUCUCAGGGAGUUCAUGUUUGAUGUGAGGCCACUCAAAUCUUUAAAUAAUGACUUUUAUAUUGAGUUCUGGGAGACAUUGUUUAACUGCAAGUUCAAGAGAGAGAAAUCAGAUGAAAAAUAUAAACAAUGUACUGGACAUGAGGAUCUGACUGGAAUGGAAAACAGCUUCACUGACAUGUCACUGAUGCCCAUUUUUAACAAUGUAUAUAAAGGAGUGUAUGCAGUGGCCCAUGCUUUGCAUAAUAUUCUUGGGUGUGACAAAACAUGCAACAAACAAGUGCAGCUAGACCCAUUCAUGAUUUUGCAGGUCAUUCGAAAUAUUCACUUCAAAACAAAGGAAGGAGAAGAGGUUUACUUUAAUGAGGAUGGAGAUCCUAUUGCAAAGUAUGAAAUCAUGCAUUGGCAGCCAAGAGAAAAUGGAACUUUGGACUUUGUCACAGUUGGCAUUUAUGAUGCAUCUUUACAAUUUAACAAACAGCUAAGUCUUCAAAAUAAGGGCUUACUUUGGGCGCAGGGCUCUUCGAAGGUGCCUGUGUCAGUUUGCAGUGAGAAGUGUCCUCCAGGAACACGCAAAGUUCUGCAGAAAGGAAAGCCUGUUUGCUGCCAUGAUUGUAUAAGAUGUGCUGAUGGAGAAAUUAGCAACAUUACAGAUGCUGUCACCUGUGUGAAAUGCCCCCCUGAACUUUGGCCAAACAAGAGAAGAGAUGCCUGUUUAAAGAAGGAAGCAGUUUUUUUAUCAUAUGAUGAAAUUAUGGGAAUACUCCUCACUACCGCAGCUUUAUUUGGAACAUGUAUAACAGCUAUUGUGAUAUUCAUUUUUUUCAGAUACAGAAAAACUCCUCUCGUCAGAGCAAACAACUCUGAGCUGAGCUUUCUCCUUCUUUUGUCCUUGACCCUGUGCUUCCUUUGCUCUUUAACAUUUAUUGGGCAGCCUUCUAAGUGGUCCUGCAUGCUGCGUCACACAGCGUUCGGCAUCAUCUUUGUGCUCUGUCUCUCUUGUGUUCUGGGGAAAACAAUGGUAGUUUUAAUGGCAUUUAAAGCUACACUUCCUGGUCAAAAUAUGAUAAAAUGGUUUGGGCCUGCACAGCAGAGAUUAAGUGUUCUGGGUUUCACUCUUGUACAAGUUAUCAUUUGCAUCCUUUGGUUAGCGAAUUCUCCCCCUUUUCCACACAAAAACCUUGGAGAAUUUAAAGACAAAAUUAUUUUAGAAUGUGCUCUGGGCUCAGCUGUAGGUUUUUGGUCAGUGCUAGGGUACAUUGGACUUCUUGCUUUGUUGUGUUUUAUUUUUGCUUUUUUAGCUCGGAAGCUGCCUGAUAAUUUUAACGAAGCCAAAUUUAUCACCUUCAGCAUGCUGAUAUUCUGUGCCGUAUGGAUAACUUUUAUUCCGGCGUAUGUCAGUUCACCUGGAAAUUUAAACGUAGCUGUAGAAAUCUUUGCUAUCCUUGCUUCCACUUUUGGGCUGUUAAUUUGCAUUUUUAUUCCAAAAUGUUAUAUUAUGUUACUGAAACCACAGCAAAAUACAAAAAAGCACAUAAUGGGGAAAGUGCCACCUAAGUCCCUCUAAAGAGUAAAUUA